AUGACCAGAGAACCUUAUUAUAAUUCAGAUUUAACAACUAUUAAACCAGCAAAUACUAAGAAUUUUUCAAUCUUAUCACCAGAUUUACCAAUCAUUACCAAUAAUCCAAAUUUAAAAAAUGCUCCUUUAUUGAAUUCUCCGUAUAAAUCAAUUAGAAAAGAUUCAAUUGAACCUUAUUUCAAUAAACCUAUUAAAAUUGGGGUUUUACCACCUGCUAUUUUGAAUCAAUUUACGUAUUAUUUCCAUGAUGAAAGUGCUAUUAUUGAUGAUGAUGACGAUGAUGAUGAUGAUGGAUCAGGUUUUGAAUAUAUAAACUAUUCAGGUAGUGUUAUCGCCCCAAUGAAUGUCUUAGAUAAAGUUUCUGAUAAUUAUGAAGAAAUUUUUAUUGAUAGUAAAGACCAAGAAGAAAAAGAGGAAGAGUAUGGAUUUAAAUUUAUGAAAAAUGUUAAUGUUCCAGUUGCUACUCCUUCUACUCAUAGCCAUAUAUUUGAAAUUAAUAAGGAUGAUUUAUUAGAUAAAGCAAACAAUCCAAAUGUUUUAAUUAAUAAUAGAAGUAGAAAAUUAUCUGAUAAAUUACUGGCUCCAGAUUUACAAGAUUUAAAAUUUGUAAAUGAUAGUUUUGAAAUUGAACAACGUUUAGAUGUUAAGAAUCUUGUUAGAGAUGACUUUAUCAAUGAACCAUGUAGUUUUAUAAUUUAA